AUGAUUUUUGAUAUUCGUAUUGAAACAACACAACCAACAAUGUUUCAUUCAUUAUUUUUUAAUAAAACAAAAGAUACAUUAACAUUAGAACAAUUAACAACAAUGAAUAUUUCAACAGAUUUUAUUCGUCAAUAUCUCUCAACAUGUAUCAUGGAUCCAACUAGUUCUAUUUUUGAAAGAAAUAAAAUGAAAAGUUUAGAUUUAUUAUUAAAACUUAAAAGAGUAGAUUAG